AUGCAGUGGUCGGAGCUCCUCGGGGCCAAACUCCAGACGAAAGACGGACUGCACGACACGGACGCGAAGCUCGCGGGCAAACAGGUCGUGGGCCUCUACUUCAGCGCGCACUGGUGCCCGCCGUGUCGCCAGUUCACGCCGUUCCUGAGCUCGCUGUACGAAGAUAUGGUCGAGCAGCACCCGGAGUUUGAGCUGAUCUUUGUCUCGUCGGACCGAGACGCGGCGCAGUACAGCGAGUACUACAACGAGAUGACGUUCCUGGCGCUGCCGUUUGAGGAGCGCAGUACGCAUCAGAUGCUGAGCGCCAAGUUUGGCGUCUCGGGGAUCCCCAUGCUCGUGUUUGUGGACGCCGAGGGCAAAGUGAUCACGCUGGACGGCCGCAGUCUGGCGGCUGACUCGCGUGGAGACGUGGACAAGCUGUGGGAGAAGCUCACCCAGUGA